CGGACUACAUAUCCCAUAAUCCUUUUGCCAAUGACGCGUCAGAACACCCGAAGAAGCUUCGUGUUGUUUCUAGAAGGGAGCUGGGAGCCGUGCGGAGUUUCUGUUAGGCAGAAUUGAGCUAUCGAUGGAGGGUGAGACUGAGGCAUUGGCUGCCAUGGCCGAUUCUUUGAAGGUCUCGGACACAGGAGGACAUCCAGAUGGCCAGAGCACUAGAAAUCAGGAAGAGGACUGUUUUUAUGACUGCGAGGAGACCUUUCCUGCAGAGAGAACGUCACUUGCCAUAAAUCAAACAGAGAUGACACACAGUGAAGGAACAGUGAAUGAAUUACAGACAGAUUCCAUUAGAAAUCCUGACACAGGUGAAGAAUCUGCACAGGCUUCUAAUCCAUUUGAAGGAAAUGCUGCUACAAGGGGACAUGAGCCACUGGAGAAAGAUACAGUGCUGGCAGAAGGAGCGUAUGAAAGGAUUGGAGAGGGAGAUGAAAGGAGGACAGACACGGACUCAGAAUUCAAGGAAGAGGCAACAAAGCUUAGUGAGUAUGAUGACGAGUAUUUACGAGAAGCAGAGAAAAACCUGACAGAGGAAGAGAAAGAGAGCAGAAAAGUAGAGAGUAUGGCACUGAAAGAAAAGGGCAACGCACAGUUCAAGAACCAGGAGUAUGUAGAGGCUCAGAAAUCGUACACUGAUGCACUGGCAGUCUGUCCUGUGUGCUACAGCAAGGAGAGGUCCAUCCUCUUCUCGAACCGAGCAGCAGCACGCAUGCACCUGGAAGAGAAAACAGACGCCAUCAGUGACUGCACUAAAGCUAUAGAGCUGAAUCCAAACUAUGUGCGUGCCAUUCUGCGAAGAGCAGAGCUGUAUGAGCAAACAGAGAAACUUGAUGAAGCUCUGGAGGACUACAAGACUGUGCUGGAGAAAGACCCAGGCAUCCCGGCAGCAAGAGAAGCCUGCUGUAGAUUACCACGACAGAUCGAGGAACGAAAUGAAAAACUGAAAGAAGAGAUGCUGGGUAAACUUAAGGAUUUGGGCAACAUGAUUUUGCGUCCUUUCGGCCUCUCCACUGCCAACUUCCAGGUCAAACAGGAUGACGACACAGGAUCCUACUCUGUUAACUUUGUUCAGAAUCCCAACAGCAACAACAGAUAGCAGCAUGGACACCCCUCUACAGCACAGCAGCAGCUACCAGAGUAACGCAGCAGCGCGCCAUCAACAUGUUCGUCAGUGUAUUGUAACAUAAUACUGCUUAAAUGAUCAGUAAAAAUGAAUCUGGACGAUCACUGCUUGGUCACUGGUUGUCUCUAUUGGGGUUGUUACUACAUUUACAAAGCUCUGAGUUCCUUCCAAAUUGAUUUUCCUUUUGACAGACUAUAAUAAAGAAAUCACAGACUAUAAAUCUCAUAACCAUUAAAGUUAGACUCGCUUAAGUAGGACAUUGCAUGAAAAAUACUACAGUACUAAUUUAUUUUAUCUAAUGUAACACGAGGUAUCUCAAUACAAACAAUCCAAGUUUGCAUCCCCUAUUGGUUUUCAAUUGGAAAAAGAGAUGGGUGACAAAGGAAUAAUCAGAGGCUCUGUUUAACAUUUUCUUGGCAUGUUGUAAGUCCACUUGUCCCCUUAGAAGGACAGGUCACUGCAAAUCAAUAAAAGGUUCUUCUGACUUA